AUGAUUGCUCCGCCGCCGCAGCGCCCAUCCAGACCAGAGGAUUCUACAUCCAAACCACUCAACUCGAGUCAUCCUCCAAGCCACCUUAGCUUGGAAGAUCCAUGGUCCAAUUUCUCUCACUACGACCCUCAUUUCUUUGCGUCCUUGGCGCCGCCGUUGGCAUGUAUUUCCCCGGCGGUGCCUCUCUCCCAAUCCUUCGAUACCCCUCUGCCCGCGCCAGACCUCUGGCCGGCGCCAGAUUUGUCCUUGGCCGAUGCCGACUGGCAUUUCCUUUCUAUGCAAUCUUCGCCGUAUGUCGCCGCCUUUGACGGGGCUGAUGUCCCCGCCGUGGAUCCGGCAUAUGGCACCACCCCUGCGUUCCAUUCUCUUUCGGAUUCAGGAUCAAUCGAGCACCAAAAUGUUCCUUUUUCGUCUGUGGUCCCCAGCUCGACGAACUCUCAAGACGGCCGCUCCCAUGCAUCUCCAGCCUCUCAGAUUCCACCGUCGACCUCGGUCUCUUUCCCUAGCCCUCCUACCUCGCAGGGCGAUGAGGCUUUGGGCCGUAUGGAGCCUUCACGGGUGGAAAAGCGCCGGCUCAACACGCUCGCGGCACGCAGGUGCCGUCAGAGGCGCGUGGACCGGAUGCAGAAGCUGGAGGAUGAGUUGGAGGAAAUCCGUCGGGAGCGCGACGAGCUGAGGCUCCGAGUCUCGAAGUUGGAGGGUGAGACGGAUGCUCUGAAGGGCCUUCUCUCUCAAAAGAAGUGA